CAUAACUGUCACCUCUGACGAGGGAAAGGCUCCAGCUGACAAAGAACUCAUUGAUAAACCUCGCAUCAUCACCCUUAGCAGACCGGAGGGGGUGGGGCUUGGGUUCAACAUUAUCGGAGGAGAAGAGGAAGUCGGUAUUUUCAUCAGCGUGAUCUCAAAAGAAGGCGUGGCUGCUGAUAACGGUCAGUUACGAGUUGGAGACAUGAUCUUAGAGGUUAACGGGCAGAAUUUGGAGACCUGGUCACAUGAGACUGCAGCCCAAGCUCUGAAGACAGCCGGAGAGACUGUCACUCUCAAAGUAGUUUAUAAACCAGACGAAUUUGAGGAAUUUUAUCGAAAGAUGAACAUCAGACCAGACCAAGAUGUGAAGACACUUUAUGUCAGGGCUUUAUUCUCUUAUGAUGGGAACAAUGAUAUGGACAGACCUGGUGAAGCUGUCUCCUUUCAACAGGGAGACAUACUUCAUGUACUCAAUGGCAAUCAAAACACAAAAUUAACUAUUAAUAAACAGCAAAUUGUAUGUCACAGGAACAAUACAACGGUUUAA